GCUCUAGGGUCAUUUCGUCGGGGAGGAGGCGGCCUUAGCAGAAGAAGUUUUGCCCUUUUGGGCUUGGAUAUUUUUUUGUAUUAGGAAUUUCACCUUGGAGCUGUUUUGAAAUAUCAUUUCUUACGUCGUUGGCGUCUGAAGAAAUUUCCUUCAUUCGUCGCCCGACUUUGUUGCUCGUCGGGCUACUACUACUCUCCAAGCCCAAACACAUCAUGGACGCCUCUCUCAAGGACAACCAGGUUCAGAGGAAAUUGAGCUACAUCAUGGAUAAUCCAACAGCAUCGAAUAGGGAGAUAUUGCUUUUUAGUAUGCAAGAAGAAGUGGGAGCACUGGCGAGAGCUUUGAAAAUAUUCGAGGACAACAAGGUGAAUCUACUCCACAUCGAGUCCCGCUCAUCCAAGCGUUCAAUUGGAGAUUAUGAAUUCAUCGUCGAGAUUGAUACCGUUUCGGGAGACGUGGCUGCAGCCAUUGAAGGACUCAAGAAGCAAUCCUCUUAUUUCCAGAUCAUAUCUCGCGAUCACAAGGAUGGAAACGAAGAGACUAUUCCGUGGUUCCCCGGACGAAUUCAAGACUUGGAUCGAUUUGCCAAUCAGAUUUUGUCGUACGGCUCUGAAUUGGAUUCCGACCAUCCUGGAUUUACUGACUCUGUCUACCGCGCUCGCCGCAAGGAAUUUGCCGAUAUUGCCUUCCAUUACAAAUACGGCCAGCCGAUCCCGCGGGUCGAAUACACUCCCGAAGAAACUGCAACAUGGGGGACCAUCUACCGCCAGCUGACUCAACUCUAUCCAACUCAUGCGUGUCGUGAAUUUAAUCACAAUUUCCCGCUGCUGAUUGAAAACUGCGGCUACAAGGAGGACAAUAUCCCUCAAUUGCAAGACAUUUCCGAUUUUCUCCACGAUUCCACUGGCUUCACUCUGCGUCCGGUGGCCGGAUUACUGUCGUCGCGUGACUUUCUCGCCGGCCUAGCUUUUCGUGUGUUCCAUUCGACACAAUACAUUCGCCACGGAAGCUGUCCGCUGUACACCCCGGAGCCGGAUGUCUGUCACGAACUGUUGGGCCACGUCCCAUUGUUUGCCGAUCCUGAAUUCGCUCAAUUCUCCCAAGAAAUUGGAUUGGCCUCUCUCGGCGCCCCCGACGAUUAUAUCGAACGUCUCGCCACGUGCUACUGGUUCACCGUUGAAUAUGGCAUGUGCCGUCAAGGCGGAGAACUGAAAGCUUACGGCGCUGGCCUGCUGUCAUCUUUCGGCGAGCUCGAGUAUUGUCUCACUGACAAACCGGAAAUUCGCCCGUUCGAACCGGCGAAAACAGCUCUGCAAAAGUAUCCCAUUACGCAAUAUCAGCCCGUUUACUACGUCUCCGAAAGCUUCGAGGACGCCAAAGACAAAAUGAUAGCCUACGCCAAGACAAUCCCGCGGCCGUUCAGCGUGCGCUACAAUCCCUACACUUUGAACGUGGAGAUCUUGAAUUCAAAGCCGCAACUGGAGAAUUUGUUGAAAAACAUCAACUGGGAGAUAACAAGGAUCACGGACGCUCUAUGCAAAAUGCGCUAGCGAUGACGCAUUAGCGAAAAAGCGCCCAUUGUCUUUUUAGUUCAUAAUAGCAUUGUGAUAGUUAAAAAAACAAACAAAUAUUUGCCCUCUAUCUAUUUCUGGUUUGGUGGCAUUUUAAACUAACUGCUAUUAUUCUUUACAUUUAUACGCGCAACAAGUUUUACCAGCAAUAGAAUUUUUUUCCAAAAGCAACGUCAUAACUUCAAAUAAAGAAAAUUUCCCCCCC